AUGAAAAACAUUUCCCUCAAGUGCAUGCAAGACAUCAAUGAAUUCCUUUCUGAUCUGAAAUCAAUGGAGCCCAGAGAAUAUGCUCUAAGAAUGUAUGACUCCGUCGGCAAACUUGGGAGCAAUGUUCUUCACGGGAACGUGGACAGGCUGGGGUCUUACAGCGAGUGUCUCUCCGCCCUCACGGCCACCGGGCGCUUCCGUGGCCAGUACUGCACGCUCCAUCUCCCGCAGGGUGACGCCUACUACAGCAUGGGCGUGUGUGUCCCUGAUUCUUGUUCCAAGGAGGACGUGACUGUGCUGUCUCAGCUGGGAUUCCCGGAGGCCGUGGACCACGCUCUGACGUGCUUUUCUUGGCAGGAGAACGCACCAGCCAUCUGGACCACAAAGACACAGGGUCGCACAUGCCCCCCACUCAACAGCAUCCGGGUCCUGGGCCUCCUCUGGGUCUUGUUGGGGCACACGGGGCAGAUGACAGCCUGGCUGAAUCUGGAUAAUGUGCUGGAAUGGAGCAGAGUGCUUAAAACCCCCCCGUGCCUUUAUUCUCGGAGUGGCCCGUUCUACCUUGGGGUUGAUACGUUUUUCCUGAUGGGUGGUUGGUGAAAUGCAAAGUCAUUUUUAAAAAUGCAUCAGAAUUCAGACAAAGGAAUAACCCUUUGUAGCGUACUGAGAUACUUUUUCAGUCGCCUUACAAGGUUGCAGCCUCUUCACCUGUAUUCACUAUGGGGGCUGUUCUCCCUCGUUCCCUGGGGACCCAUCUGGGAAGUGCCCAAGUCCCACCUGGAUAACUGUCACCAAGCGUGGUGGAGGAACCUGCUCUUGCUAAAUAACUUCCUGUCAGUGCAGAGGGCGAUUCUGGACCAAUCGCACUGCGAGGACGUGACUGUGCUGUAUUUCGUGGAGUUCUACACCAAGCCCUACUGCCGGUUCUGGCCGCUCCUCGUGGGUCUCCUGCUGGGCAUUUUCAUGCACCCAAGCCACCGGGCAAGCAUUCUCAAAACCAAGGUGCAGGCGCUGCUGGGGUGGACUUGCGCCGCCCUGACCCUGCUCGUCGUGGUCGCUCUGGCGUACACGGUGGACGACGCCUCUGCCAGCUCCGCCCAGCUCACUGCCCUCUGCCAGGCCAUCCACCGGGCCCUGAGGGAGGCGGCCAUGGGCUGGGUGGUGCUGGCGUGUGCCGACGGCUACAGAGGUCCUGUGAACCGGCUGCUUUCCUGGGACAUCUGGGGUUUCCUGGCCAGCAUCAGCUACGCGUGCUACUUGGUGCACCCCAUCCUGAUCCUCCUCUACGACGGGCUGCAGGUUGUACAACGGACACUGAUUCACUACACUGACACCAACAUGCUUGCCAUGUUUGCGAUGCUUGUGGAAAUCAACGGUAGGAACAGCCGCUGUGGGGUGAAUCUGCUUCCUCCGGGCACUCAGGCUCCAGCACCCAGUCAAAGACGCCAGAAGGAAGGCGCCCGGCUGUGCUUCCUGACCCAAGCAGUUGGCCUGGGCUCCAGCAUCAGACCCACCUAA